AUGCAUGAAAUUGGCGAUGUGUAUGGAAUUAUUGGAGUAUUAAAAUUUGAAAGUUUAGCUUUUUUAUUAGUGAUUACAAAACGCUCACCUGUUGCAUGUUUUCCUUGUACGCAAGCUAAAAUAUAUCAUAUUGAUUGUGUAACACCUAUUCCGAUUGAGAUCGAAAGCAAUAACAUUGCUGAUGCUAAAAUGCGUUUGGACAAUGUAAAAUUAAGGAAUUAUGCCCAGAGAAAGUUGAUGAAAUUUUUGAGCGAUAAAAUACAACCGGUCAAUUUGGUCGAAGAAAUUUUGCAUCUUUUCAAUGAUAACGGUGAUUUCUAUGUUUGCUUUGAGAAGAAUCUCACACUUAGCGCACAAAGAUAUGGAUCAGGUGUACAGUGGGUAGAUGACCGAUUUUUUUGGAAUCGUAAUUUAUUGCGUGAUCUUUUUGAUAAUGCGGGCAACCCAAUAGAUGGAUCGCACUCGUGGAUUUUAUCUAUCUGCCAGGGUUUUAUUGUUGAACGAUAUAUCUCAUUAAAUGAAGAUUCUCAGUUAAUUUUAACGUUAAUAUCGCGAAGAUCUGUUAAACGAGCUGGUGUUCGCUAUCUUCGAAGAGGUAUUGAUGAUGAGGCAAAUGUCGCUAAUUUCGUUGAGACUGAGAUGGUUCUUAGUCUUUUCGGUCAUCAUCUUUCUUUUGUUCAAAUCCGUGGCUCGGUUCCUGUCUACUGGAGCCAGCGGGGAUAUCGAUAUCGACCUCCACUAAUUAUUGAUAAAUGUUUAUCUGAUUCAUUGGAUGUUUUUAAAAAGCAUAUGAAGAACCUCAUCGAUAAAUAUGGUAGUCCAAUAAUUGUUGUGAAUUUAGUGGAUCAAACUGGAAGAGAACUGAACUUGGCAACAUCCUAUGUAGAUCAUAUUCUUGCUGCGGAUGUUCCUGAGAUCUCAUAUUAUUCAUUCGAUUUUCACUUUCAUUGUCGAGCGCUUCGUUUUUAUAAGGUGAAUGAUCUUAUAUUGGCUAUUUACGAUAAGCUAAAUUCAUUGGGUUUUUGUUGGAUGGAUAAACAUGGUGAAAUGGUGUACAAGCAAAAAGGAGUCGUACGAACCAAUUGCGUUGAUUGCUUGGAUAGGACAAAUGUUGUUCAGUGUGCAAUUUCACAAGCAUUAUGUUUAAAACAAAUUCAGAAGCUUGGUUUGGUCGGACCAUUAAGUGAUUCUCCAGAUAUUUUAGUUCAGUGUCUUCAGUCUAUGUGGGCUGAUAAUGGUGAUGCUAUCUCUAGACAGUAUGCUGGUACGAAUGCACUUAAAGGUGAUGUAACUCGUUGUGGUCAGCGAAAGUUUGUGGGUAUCGUUAAAGAUGGAAAUAUAAUUUCUGAGCCUCCUUCAGAAAAGAGUGAAAAUGAGCUAGAGGAUGAAAGUGAAAGUAUCGAACGACUGGUUCAUGAAACGAUUCAUUUUGUUUUGCCCGAGAAAGAGAUUCUUGUCGGAAGUUGGGCACUCAUCGACAGUUCUAAUCAGUCGGACCAAAUCGAUACGGUUGUAUUAUUGACAAAAUUAUGUAUAAUUAUUACACUUUAUGAUGAUGACUCUGAAAAAAUACUUGAAGUGAAGAUUCUUGAUUUCAAUGAUAUUAUUCGUUUAGAAUUGGGUUCAUUCGAUAAAACUUCAAAGAUUCAUUUGAGGAUUGAGGCAAGAUCCAAUCAACAAUUUACAUGGCGCGCGGCGAAAACUCGACUGUUCAAUAAUGCAGCGAUACCGCUCAAAACUAGCGAAGAAUGUGACGAAUAUAUCCAAGCAAUAGGAGAACAAAUGAAAGUGACAAUGGCUAUGGCUGGUAAAGAAGUUGAAUUAUCAGUGGUAGAACAAUUAAGUCGUCAGACAAAUAGAACAAAGUUAGAAUUUCAUUGA